UGCGACUUUUGCGUCAGCACAAACAGACGCGGUAGUCUGGAUCGUGGAAGCUGUUCGCGGAAGCUGGACCAGCGAAGAAGAGCGGAGAACGUUAGAAUGUCCCCAUCACGUCGCCCACAGGCCGAGGGUCCGGCCCGUUCAACUAUGUUAAGUGCCCCGUGUACCUACGAGAAGAGUACGCCAUGCGAGGGGAGAAGAGUUCGCAGGCCUCUCCUCUCUCCUCUCUCUUCUCUUCUCCUCGCGACGCCAGGAGACCCUAACACAUGACACGGCGAAUGAAGCUGUCAGUAGCGCUCGUCGCGCGGUCGCCGGGUCCUCUUCUGUUCUCGGCUUCAACGGCCGAACGCGGAUCGGUCUCCUAAAAAAUCGAAUCGACCCGAAAUCGAAUUCUACCACGCGAGGCGGAGAACUUACCACUCUCGGAAGCCGCGUUCGUGAUUCGCGACACGCGAUACUUGGUGCCGUCGCGCCGGGACGAAAUUGCUCGGGGUUCGUGGAAGCCGUUCCCGAUUUUACGUGUCUUCAGGGAUUUUCGUCGCUCGCGCGAAUAACGAGGGAUCGUCCGUUUCACCGGGACAGCCGGAUUUCCGGUUCUCGGGAUUCUCACGUCGCGAGUGACACCUCGACGAGACCGGCCGACUUCUUCUUCGAUCUUCCGUUCGGAAGAUUGUGUGUCCCUGAAGGGAAAGACAAAGGGGAUCGCGAGGAAGGAGGAAAACGAAGGGAGAUGACACUGCGGGGAGGGAGAAUUCAUCGAAACUCUUGGAAACGUUUCCUCUGACGACUCCCACGGUGUUGCUCUCGACGAGUUAGAGAGGAGCUGCCGCUACCUGAAGACGACGACGAGCCGGGGUGCUCCUUAAUUUUCGACGAAUCAAAUUCUUUCCGCGCUAAUCCGGUCGCUCGCGCGAGAUUGCGGGAGCGCUUCUCGUGGGCGUGAGAAAAUCAACCGGACCGACCGCCGACUGGCACGGAUACGGACAUUAUAACCCAUCAGAGAGAAAGAGAGAGAUAGAGAGAGAGAGAGAGAGAGAGAGAGAGAGAGAGAGAGAGAGAGAGAGAAAGAGAGAGACUCGUACGUGGUCCCCGACGCGAAGGUUCUUCCUAUGCGAGCCAACUCGACCAAUCUCUGCGUGAAAUGAUGCAGGCCUAAUUACGAGAAAUCUCUUUCUCGUUUGUGAAAAGAUUGAGUGCCGGUUGGGCGCCGUGAACUUUUUAUCGCGUCUCUGGGAACAGUGACUUUCCCUUUUUUUUUUCAACGCAAAAAUUGUAUCUUUAUUUACGGACGGCUUUUACGUCGGAUUCUAAUAUGAGUGCCUUAUUCCUUUCCGUACUUUUAUAUUUGAAUCGAUCCUCAAUUUUAUCACCAGCAUAGAUUCUCGUGCUAGAAUUCCGGCGUUACACUUUCUUUCUUUGAUGCGAUUAAUAUUAUUUAUCAAAGAUACUCGGGGAUUUUCAUUUGUUCUGCUCGCUUGCAGCAGAUCCCCCCUUCGCGUGUGACACGUUUCACUUUUAUAUAUUCCAUCGGCUCGCAACCUUGAUCGUGAGUUCCGGGACUCGGUCAACGAGGCAGAUGAACACGGCGCCGGAAAGCAUGGAGAGCGUGGACGACAGGCAUCGGCGUGUCGUGGUACCGAGAAGAAAGCCCGCAGCCGCGCGAUUCUCCCCCGUGCCGGUAAACAACUCGAGGAACGUCCUCGCGUGCGGUGAACUGAAGAGCGAGAAUCUCUCGAGGAACCUACGGGUCACGUGACUCUUACGGCCGGAGGAAAAACGCGAUGCGAUCGCUCGUGAGGCUCGAAGCGACGAAGUAGCGAGAGGGAAUCCUUCGAUCCCGGGUCCGACUUCACGAACACACGUCGUGGGUUUUGUUAAACGCGGGUGAGAACGCGGGGAAUUACAGUAACUCACCAAAGGGGUGAAAGAGGGACGAAAGGGCACGGGGAGGGAGUCUGAAUUGGGACCGACUCGGCCCGGACCUCGCCUCGCUCGCGGGAGAUCUUUCUCCUCGCGAGUUUACACACGCCGGCGACUCCGGCGGGCUCUUACCGUCUCGUUCUUCGUCGACGUAUGUGCGCCGUGAUCUCAAACAAGAUGAUGCAUUGGCAGCAGAACACCCAGUCAUCGUCCAACGACGAGAUCGCGAUGUAUCCGUCGGCCGCGUAUCAUUCCUCGUGUUCGACGCUACCGUCGUCGUCGUCGUCGUCAUCGUCGCUGUCAUCGUCGUCGUCGUCGUCGUCGUCGUCAUCGAGGUCGUCGCCCGCGAGAUCGUCCUCCCCCCUACUGGCGUCCGUCCUCGCGUGGUCACUGACGCUCCUGUUGAUCUCGUCCUGCAUUGGCCUGGGCGCGGACGCCGCCAGCCUAAGCGGCCACCCCCUGGGCAAAAGGUCGUUCUUCGACAUCCAAUGUAAGGGCGUGUACGACAAGAGCAUCUUCGCCCGUCUGGACCGCAUCUGCGAAGACUGCUACAACCUCUUCCGGGAACCGCAAUUGCACAUGCUUUGCAAGCAAGACUGCUUCAGCACACAAUACUUCACGAGCUGCAUCCAAGCGCUGCUGCUUGAGGACGAGAAGGAAAGGUUGCAGGAGAUGGUCGAGUACCUAGGUCGCAAGAAGUAAACGGGACAUGGUCAGAGCAACGACGCGCCGCACGACGAAGAAGACAUACGCACGCACAUCAUGGUAUACACAUCCUCACAUGCACACGCAUACGAAAUAAAAAAGAGACUCAUACAAUCGCAUACGCAAGACCAAGAAGGAGAUCGAUGCAGAACGCGGUCUCGAAAAGGACUGCGAGAGGAAAGGAGGGAGGGUUUCGACGCGUCGAUCGCCCGUCGUUCCGCGAACUUCACGGGAGAAGCUUUGCUUCCGGAGCUUUGCGAUUCAAUUCGAUACCGUUCUUCGGGGAGAACGGGAGGAGUCGACUCGGAUGUCGCGUCGAGGAACCCACGGUGAACACAUGGCGAGUCCACCGGCCGAAACGCGCGAUUGCCGCGAUUUUCGGAUUCCGGAAGGGAAAACCGUCAGGAUCUACGUCAAACUCCAUCGGACAGUUCCAGCUGACGAUUAUGACCGGGAAAACGGCAGUACUUACGACGUCUACGAGAUUCAGGAAGAGCUUCGCGGUCUGGAACGUGUGAUUCGAAAGAGAGAAAGAGAGAGAGAGAGAGAUAGAGAGAAAACAUGUCCACGGAGGAGGAUCCACAGAAAGGGGAAUCCCGCGAACGUCGUUCUGUUCUAAAUAAGUAUCAGCGAGUACUCGCGGUGCGAUGAGAGAGAAUUCGGAAGGGAGGACGGCGAGUCCUCUUCGCGGUGAGUCGCGUCGUUGCUUGACACGAUGAGGAAACGAAGAGUUACACGACAGAUACACUAAAUAAACGCGUUACAAAACGGUACGAUUGAGCCACACAAAAGAAACACACGCAACAUACACACGCGCACACGCACACGCACAGCGAAUCCAUACGAAUUCUAGUCGAUAAAAUAUCUGCGCUCUCGCGCACCACGCCACUCGUUUUUAUUCGAUUAAUUAAUUAUUAAUUGUCAUCAUUCAUCACUAUAUAAUGAUAACGGUAAUCUAUUAUUAUUAUUAUUAUUAUUAUUAUUAUUAUUAUUAUUAUUAUUAUAUUAUAUUAUAUUAUUCGAUUACUUUUUACUGUCACGAUUUAUAUUUUUAUUAUUAUCGUCUUCCUUCAUCCGUUUGUUGUUUAGUUUAAAAAAAAAGCGAUCGAACCUUUUUAAGUCGUUUUUACGGAGAACGCGCGCGCGACAGACGUAGAGUGUCAAUAGUUAGUAAUACUUGCGUAACACAGAUACAUGCAUAUUAAUGUUCUUUAGGCGUAUGGAAAAGAAAUUAAUAAGUAAACGCAGGAAUUUGGAGGCAAGAGUUUAUUUUACUCAUUCGGCUAAGUAUUUUAAAGCAAGCGUUAAGCAAAAGAGGUCGCCGAUCAUUAUUAUAAUUAUUAUCGCAUUAUUAUUAUUAAUAUUAUUAUUAUUGUCAUAGUAGAAUUAUUGUUGUUAUUAUUGCGAUUUAUAUACGACGACGUUUUCGCCCGGGGUGAACGCACUGGGCGGCACGGUGAAAGAAAGACGCCUGUGAGUCUCCAACGGUAUUUCAAUUAUACGCGAGUCGAAUACGCGAGUUGUGCACGCGUGAAAACAUUCUCGAAAGAGCUUCUCGUCAAAGAGACAGCGAUAGGCAGAUAUAGAUAAGGAGGUCUUACUGUAAUUUAUUCGCGGGCGUUUCGCAACGCCCGUCAAGAGCGUUUUCCCUCCGUGCCCGUCUGGCGCGCGGCCCGAGCCGCGGACGGAGUCGCACAUGAAACGCGUAGUAUUUAUUUAUUUUUUCACGUUUUCUUAAGUUAUGUAAUAAGCGAAACACACGUAGCGAAAGUAUUUUAGCGCGCGUACCGCUAUAUACCGAGGGAGCGAUGCUCGCGGGCACGACGAGAUACGACGAAGCCACGUUCCUCGAAAGUACAUUCAGUUGGAUGAUUGUCCGAUGUGCAAGGCAAAUCCUUGGGGAAAAUCAGUUCCCGGGCAAGGACUGCUUGUUCCUCAACGAGGAACCCACGACAAAUACAGAAGAAUCGGGGAAUUAGUCUCGCGGGAUUGAACGGGACGAAUUUUUAAGUAGUUUGACUGAUAGAGUCGUUGAAAUUUAAUCAAGUUUGUCGAUAAAUUUCAAUAUUCAUUAUUGAUAUUGAAGAAUUUCUUUGUAUAAUUUUUCAAGCUUUCUAUAUAAAUUGCAGAUUUUUUUUUAAUUUUUACAUGUAAUCUUUAGAACUUUAUAACUAGAAAAGUUCUCAAAUUGUUUUAUAUAUGUAUUGAAACUUUUUUUUUUUUUUUUUUUUUUUUUUUUAUAGAGAAAAUCUACGUUUUUUCUAGAAUUCUUUAUAUAUAUGAACCUAAUAUUUUAUGCAUAUGUAAUUUUGAUAUAUUUUAAGAUUUGUAAGAUUUAUACUUUAUACUUUUCAAAGAAAAACUUAUAACAUCUGAAAAACUUUAAGAUAUUUUUCAGAAAUAUCUUCUAAAUAAUGUUUUUCAAUACAUUUUUGAAAAAGAUUCUUAGAAAUAUUGUGACAUUAUUAGAAUUUUUUGUUUUCAGACUAAUUGCCAUGAGACUUAAAAAUCUAAAAUUUUGAUUCUUCUGAUUUUCUUUUGAUUUCGAAGAUUUCGAGAACGUGAGUCAUGAAAAUUUCGUCGUGCCCUGCGACAUCUUAUCUCUGAUUAAGAGAAUUACGAAUCAUUCCAAAAUCAGUAUUGAAAUCAUUCCGUCUCUACGAUCGUCAUCAGGGGCACGGUCUUCGAAAAUUCGGACACUUCGGGGCAAGGUUCAAAUUUGUACAACUGCUUCGUCACAUACAUUCCACUUAUUUCAUACUCAUUUGUUUACUUUAUUUUACAUUUACUUGUAAGGAAAAAGUUACGUUGAUAAAUUUGUAUUACGUUGAAGAUACGUAUUCAUAUUUGCUAAUCAAUAUGUGAUUUGAUAUACAUAUAAUUAAGUGUUAAAUUUAUUAUCUACGUUUUUUUGAUUUUUACUUUAUUAUGUUUAGAACUUCCAAUUUAAAUACAAAUAACUAUAACUUAUAAUAGCAUUUUCAAUGCUAACUAUAAUUAAAUUAUAGAAAUUGCAACUAUUUUUUAUCAUUGUAAUAUAUUUAUCAUUACUAACGUUAUAGCAGUAAUAACUAAAAAAAAUACUAAAAAUAUGAAGCUCUCAUAAUUAUUUUAACACUCAAUUAUAUUCAUAAAUGCCAAAUACUCUUCUCUCAGUGCGUAUUUUGUAUCUUUUUUUACUUUCCACGAUUUUCAUCUCAUUUAUUUAAGAUAUAAAAUUCAUACAAAUUUGACUCAUACACUUCGAAGUGUUCCUCAAGAGGCCUGGUCCCUAAACAGAAAAUCAACGUUUUUAUUUAUGUAACGUAGAUCCAUCGUUCGACUAAUGUGUAAUGUGUGGUAGCGUCGACAGGAACUCUUUAACAUCAAUUUAAAAAUAUUUUAUAUUAUAUAUUAUAAUUUUUAAAAAAACUGGAAACACAGCGCGCAUUUUGCACAGAAGUAUUCAUCCAUAUUUGCGCAGAAAUAUUUCUCGCAAUUUCACGGAUAUCUUAUCACGUUUCGACAGAUGUAUUCGUACAUUUGAAUAUGCGUUCGGAGUUACUAUAUGAAUAAGAAAGUUCCGGGAGUCGAUGGGAUAUGCGUAAUCCUUGCGAAAAUUUAAUUUAACUAUUGUAUUAAAUUGGGCAAUAAUUAAUUUCUCAUUUUGCGCGAAAGUAUUAUUGUCAGUGUCUUUAAUACUGAAACCGAGCAAUUAAUUACUGACCAGUUCAGCGACUCCGGUGUUAAAUUUCUGAAUUCACGGAUUUACGUAAUAAUUCCUGCGAUUCCUUACAGCAUUUUAAAACUGACAGUAUUAAAUUUGCAUAAGAGAAACGUGAACAAUGCGCGCGGGACGUCGUCGACCGAUGGAAUAGGUUUUGCGGACUCUUUCGCAAGAGCGUUAAUCCGUCACUUCCCGUUUCGCACCUGUCGGCGCGAGAUCUGCAAGGCUUUCGGUUCACGCGCGAUUCCCGGCUCUUCGUCGAUGCGCGCGGGAAAGCACACGUGCGUGCGGAUAUGUUUUUCCUUUCUUCUCCGUUUCUUCUCUUUCCGUUCUCUUUUCUUUCUCUUUUUUUCUUUCUAGUUCUUUCAUAUGAAUGAAUAUCCAACGACACGCAAGCAGACGUAUAUGUGCGCAUACCUUUACGGACACGCCGACUUUCGCUGGAUUGUUUUUGUUUCACAUUUUUAAAUGACGACGGCAACGACACGCGCAUGUAAUAUUUUUAUUUCCUGCGUAGCAUGCGAGUACGAGUACAUGCGAGAACAGGAGACGGGUGUAAUACACGCGUCUGGAGAUAUACAGAGGAAAUACUCGUGUAUUUGUGUACAUAUAUAUAUAUAUGUAUAUAUAUAUAUAUAUAUACACACACAUACGCGCAUAUACAGAACACAUUACACGCGACUGAAAAAUUCUAGAUAAUGAGAAAGGGCUGAGAGGAAAUCGUAUCCUAUCCAAUUAAAGUAAAAUUAUAUUAUAUAUACAUAUAAUAUGUAAUGUGUAUACACCGCAAUUUCGUAUAUGCAUUUCGUGGAUGCGUAUGACGCGCGAUAUUGUAUGUAUAUGGACAGAUGUGUACAAUGAGUACGAUUAACGACACGGAUAUCCAACGUCUAUUCUUGUUUUGCGUGAAUAAACGGGUGAAUCAAAAGCUA